GUCUUUCUGGGGAGAGAGGGGAGGAGACCACUGCCUCUAAAAUGAGCCUCUCUGGGGAGAGAGAGGAGGAGACCACUGCCUCCAAAAUGACUCAAGACACCAGUUCUAAGAGUGUCCAGAAGCCCAGAGCAGAGUCCCCUACAACCAGCCUGCUAUCAAUGAAGAGUGAUCAGCCACCUGCUUUCAGCCAGGAACCAUUUCCAGAUGACAAUAAGGAAGUGGAGAGUUUGGACAGUGAGGAUCCAUUAAAGAUCCCACACAACCUUCUGGACAGAAGAAGUCAAACUCUGCUGACAGUUCAACAAGACAUUAAGGCUAAACUGAAACACAAGUAUCAACACAUAUCUGAAGGAAUUGGACACUAUGGAAACCAAAGUCUGUUAAAGGACAUCUACACAGAGCUCUACAUCACAGAGGGUGGAAGUGGAGGGCUCAAUAAUAAACAUGAGGUUAGACAGAUAGAGAUGGCAUCCAAGAAACAAACCACACAAAAGACACCAAUCAAAUGCAACGACAUCUUCAAGCCUUUACCUGGACAAGACAAACCUAUCAGAACUGUGCUGACAAAAGGAAUCGCUGGCAUUGGAAAAACAGUCUCUGUGCAGAAGGUCAUCCUUGACUGGGCAGAGGGAAAAGCAAAUCAGGACGUUCAUUUCAUGUUUCCUCUUCCUUUCCGUGAUCUGAACCUGAAAAAGGACCAAUACAGUCUGAUGCAACUUCUUUCCCACUACUUCCCAGAGCUGAAAGAGAUUGACAGCAUUGAAGAUGGUGAAACCAAAACUGUUUUCAUUUUUGAUGGUCUGGAUGAGUGUCGACUUCCUCUAGACUUCAAAAACAAUGAGAAGUGCUGUGAUGUCACGAAGCCAACCUCAGUGGACGUGCUGCUGACAAACCUCCUCGAGGGGAAUCUGCUUCCCUCUGCUCUCCUCUGGAUAACCUCAAGGCCUGCAGCAACCAAUCAGAUCCCUCCUGAGUGUGUUGACCAGGUGACAGAGGUACGAGGGUUCAAUGAUCCACAGAAGGAGGAGUAUUUCAGGAAGAAAAUCCCAGAUCAGAAUCUGGCCAAUGAUAUCAUCAAACACAUGAAGACAUCAAGGAGCCUCCACAUCAUGUGCCACAUGCCAGUCUUCUGUUGGAUAUCAGCCACUGUCCUUGAGAUGAUACUGAAAGAGGCAGAGAAGGAUGAAGUCCCCAAAACUCUGACCCAGAUGUACUCACACUUCAUGCUCAUCCAAACCAUUGUGAAGAACAAGAAGUACAACAAAGCAACAGAGACAAACCCAAAGGACCUGUCUCAGUCAGACAAAGAGAUGAUCCUGAAACUGGCAAAGCUGGCUUUCCAACAGCUGCAGAAGGGCAACCUGAUCUUCUAUGAGGAAGACCUGAGAGAGUGUGGCCUUGAUGUCACAGAGGCAUCAGUGUACUCAGCAUUGUGUACAGAGAUCUUUAAAGAAGAAUCUGGGUUGUACCAAGAGAAGGUCUACAGCUUUGUGCAUCUGAGCAUUCAGGAGUUUCUAGCAGCAGUGCAUGCUUUAGAAUCAUGUCUGGACAAGAAGGAAAAUGUUUUCUCCCCCAAUAAUGAUGAUGGUGAUGAUUACGAUGCUGAUGAUUAUGAGUAUUACGAUGAUUUUGAGGAUUACGAUGAUGAGUCAAUCCAGUUGUCUGACUUACUCAGGAGCGCAGUGUACCAGGCCUUGAAGAGUGAGAAUGGACACCUGGACCUGUUCCUCCGCUUCCUUCUGGGUCUCUCACUGGAGUCCAAUCAGAAUCUGUUACGAUGCCUUCUGACACAGACAGGAUGUACGACAGAGACCAAUGAGAAAACAGUUAAGAGAACAGUCGGGUACCUUUCAUACAAGAUCAGAGAAUCCUCACCAGAAAGGAUCAUCAACUUGUUUCACUGUCUGAAUGAACUUUGUGCCAACUCUCUAGUUGAAGACAUGCAGACCUCCCUGCGAUCAGGAACUCUUUCAGAAACAAGACUAGAACCUGACCAAUGUUCAGCCCUGGCCUACCUGUUACUGAUGUCAGAGGAGGUGCUGGAGGAGUUUGACCUGAAGACAUACAACACAUCAGAGGAAGGUUAUCAGAGGUUGCUGCCGGUAGUUAAAACCUGCAAGAGAGCACUACUGGAUCGCUGUAAACUCACAUAUGAAUCCUGUAAGACUCUGGUCUCAGCUCUGCAGACACCAAACUCCCCCCUGAGAGAACUGGACCUCAGCAACAAUGACCUGGGAGACAGAGGAGUGGAGCUGCUCUGUGUUGGACUAACCAGUCCACUCUGCAACGUACAGACACUAGUUCUAGGUCAGUGUGGUCUGACAGAGGGUUGCUGUUCACAUCUGGCCUCAGUCCUGAGUUCACCCAACUCACACCUGAAACAACUGGACUUGAGAGACAAUGACCUGCAGGACUCAGGAGUUACACUGCUAUCUGCUGGACUGGAGGAUCCAGACUGUAAACUACACACACUGGGGCUGUCUGGCUGUCUGGUCACAGAGGAGGGCUGUGCUGCUCUGUCUUCAGCUCUGAGGUCAUACCCCUCCCACCUGAAAGAGCUGGACCUGAGCUACAAUCACCCAGGAGACUCUGCAGGGGGACUGCUUUCAGCUGCUCUGGUGGAUCCCACAUAUAAACUGAUGAAGCUGAAUGUGGAUCAUGGUGGAGAGUGCAGGCUGAAAUCAGGGCUGAGGAAAUAUGCCUGUCAUCUCACCCUGGACCCAAAUACAGCAAACCCAAACCUGAUACUGUCUGAGGGGAACAGGAAGGUGACACGGGUGAAAGAGAAGCAGCAUUACGAAGACCAUCCAGACAGAUUUGACUAUCAUUCCCAAGUUCUCUGCAGAGAAGGCUUAUCUGGAGGUCGUUGUUACUGGGAGGUGGAGAGGGAUAGUGGCAUGGCUAUCAUUGGUGUGGUGUACAAAGGAAUGAAGAGGAAGGGAAAGGAGGAUGACAGUAGGAUUGGAGCCAAUAAGAAGUCCUUGAGUUUAUUCUGCUAUGAUAGAGGUUGUGAAUUGAUAGUCUUAUUCCAUGCUAGAGUCGGUAGAUCCAUCUCUGGUCCUGUUUCUAACAGAGUUGGUGUGUAUCUGGACUGGCCAGCUGGUAUUUUGUCCUUCUAUAGUGUGUCCUCCUCUGGUACACUGACACACCUUUACACAUUCUACACCACAUUCACCGAACCCCUCUAUCCUGGGUUUGGGAUUUCCUUCUCCUCAGUGACCCUGUGUCAGAUAGAUGACCAACACAUUCAGAGAGACCAUGGUGGAGAGAGUUGGAUCAAGCCUGGACCUGAGAACACCAGAGACCAUGGUGGAGAGAGUUGUAUCAAGCCUGGACCUGAGAAAUGGAUUCCUCAGAGCUGUAAGACUUGUGGCCAUGUUGAGGACUCCACACACUGGCUUCAGAUUGAACCUUUGACUUCCACUGUCCAGGGAGUGAAAAUGUUCAGACACAGGACACCCAAGGGAUUAUGGGUGCACGUGUCUGGGCUCCGCUGGCUGUGUGAGAGAGAUGUCAUUCUGAAGUAUCACUUCGGAACUGGGAACCCUACAGUCACCUUCUGA